AUGGACCGCUACCUUCUCUUCAUGAGCUGGCGAGGCGAGGAGGGACCCGAAGGGCCCUCAGGUUUGACAGCUGCCAGUAUUUCUAACUUACUGGAAAUAAACUAUAAUGCCUCUGUAAAUGCAAAAAUUGAAGAAUUUCCCGCAUGUUCACUUGCUGGCAUUCCAGAUGUGAGGGAAUGGUAUUUUGCAAUUCAGUCAAUAUGUGGACUUUAUCAGUUCUGUAGUUCUGACUGGGAAGACAUCAGCUUUGACCUACUGGCAGAUCAAAGCAGUGACUCUGUUCGAAGACAUAUUGAAGAAUGCCUUGGUGGUUAUCAAAAUAUUGAGGAGGAAGACAGUAAUAGCAGAGAGCCCCUGUCAGUGAUUGAUCUCUUUGAAGAAUCUGCUGAGAGUAUACAUCAGCUAGCAGACAAGCUUCCUGCUCCUGGAAGAGCAAUGGUUGAUGUGAUAUUGCAGUCUUCGGAAGGAGAUGCCCCAAGGUUAAAAGACUGUUUACCAGUUAUUGGUGCCUUGAAACAUCUGAGAGAAUGGCACGCAGCAAAAAUCACUAUUGUAGCAAAGGAAGGCAAAACAUGGCAAAAAAUUGCCGAUUAUCUGUCUGCCAAUAUUGUGGCUCCUGAAAACCUAAAAAAUAGCAUUGAUUCGACAGAACUGUGGAGAGGAAGAAUUCAGAUAUGGGAGCAAAAGUUUGGCUCCGAAAUUACCUUUCCAGAUUUCUGUAUAAAAAGUACUACAACAAGAGGGUCAUUCAGUAACUUGUAUUUUGACAAAACUGAAUGGACAAAACGUACCAACGCUCACCUGCAAAAGGUUUUCCAUUAUUAUAGCCCGGCAUUGAAGUUCGUACAGAUGGUCCGGCUGUCUGAUCUUCCUUCAUCUUUAGUGUCGGACCUUCACUUUGAUCUGAGUUUGGCCAGGACCAACGUCAAAGACAGGUCUGCGCUCUUUCAGAGUCAGAUGUCUUCCCUUCAUGAAAAGGUUGGAGCACUGUUUGUAUUGCCUUGCAGUGUAAGUGGAAUGUUGAUACCCUUGCCUAUCCAACUCCAUACCAAAAAAUGGAAGGAAUAUGUGGCUCAGAAUCCUAAAGUCAUCAGUGUUCCCGAAGUUGAACUGAAAGGAGAAACUUGCAGCUAUUAUUUCUUAGUGCGAGGCAACGGCUGUGGAGGCUGCAAAGCGACAUUGAUCUGUUCAGCCAAUCAGAUAAAUGGCUCAGUCGGUCUUGCCAAAACAAUUGGAAAACUGACAACGAAGACUGAGGAAGCCGAAGAAAGUAUGGCUGAAGAGAUCAUCAGAUCUCUUCCACUUCUCUGUGGAGAAGAGAUCUUACAGAGAGAGAAGAAACUGGCUUGUAUCCAGGCGUUAGCUUUGAAUCAAUGCCUGAAGAGGCAGGAAACAACCAAACCAUCCCUGAUUGCUUCAGCCGAGGAACUGAAAACCAUGUUAACACGGACCAGGGAACGUUUUUUAGAGCUGUGGAAUGCUAGCCUUCCCAAAAGUGAUUGUCCAAGAGCAGCUGUCAGAACCAACAGCCACAGAACAAUUUGUGAAUUGGAGCUAAAGUGUUCAAAUCCUUUGGAGUGGCCAGAAAGAAGCGUCCUCCAGAACUUAGAAAACUUUGAAAAAAUUAAGCAAAAGACAAGAGUUUCUGAACAGCUGUUGGGGCGUAAAGAUGGCCAAAAGGAGUCCAUAACAUUGCUCGAUGCUAAAGAGCUGUUGAAAUUUUUCACUCCAGAAGGGCUGCCUAUUGGGAAUCUUCAGCCUUUGCAUGUUCAGAAAAGUGAAAAUGCGUUUCUUCUGACACCAGAGCUUACACCUCAAGAAGUGAGAAGUUUGCCUUUUGAAAAAGCUGCUGGGUGCCAUUAUCACGGCCUAGAAUACUGCCUAGACAACAGAAGAGCUCUGGAAAGAGAUGUAGGAUUUGCCGAACUCCAGACUCGUCUUAUCCGUUACGAGACUCAGACCACUUGUGCGAAGGAGUGCUGCCCCGUGCCGUGCGUUCUGAGCCCCCUUCCGUCUCCCGCUGUUUUGUCAGAGCCUGGAAGCAUCCCGGAUGGGGAAUCUUUACGAAGGGACCACCCGACAGAGGUGUCCAAGCUAAAACGCAGAUCGAAAGACCAGGAUGGCUUCUGCUCCAACAAGAGGUUAAUAAAAUCCGGAAGCACAGAUUCUCUCUCGACCCAGGCAAGCGGAAGCGGCAGCGGUUGCCGAUCGAGAGGUGCCACAGGGCAGCACUUGGACAAAUCGAUCUCUCUGUCUUCUGUGGCUGCCAAACAGUCUUAUAGUCGGGUGCACGAAGUAACCACAAAGAGCAGCAGCUCAGCAAGCCGGAGGUGUACUAAAGAGACAGAAAUAUCAAAGCCAACAAAGGAAUCGCGGUCUCAGAAGCACACACGGAUGCUGAAGGAAGUGGUGACUAAAACCCUUCAGGCACAUGGCAUCGCUGAAGACCACCAGUGCUUUACUACCUGCACCCAACGUCUCUUCGAGAUAUCCAAGUUCUACUUAAAGGAUCUGAAAACAUCUCGGGGUCUCUUGGAUGAAAUGACUAAAGCUGCAAACAGCAACGUUAAACUGGUGAUUGAAUGGGUUUUAGAAAAGACCACCAAGAACUGACCUGUGCCAGAG